GCAGUUUGUUGAGAGGAGAAUUUGUUUUGUUGCUUGAUUCUGAUUUAGGAUGUUUCUGAGGGUUUUUGUUGUUUUAUCCGUGGUUCUAGUUCUGGCUUCUGCUCAAGAAGUAGAAGAUGAAUCACCGAGGAACUGUUAUGAUAUAAUAGACGCAGAUAAAGGGAAGAUAAGAUACAGUGGAACUGUGUCUGAAACAAAGACUGGUCGUACUUGCCAGAGGUGGGACAGCCAGGAACCACAUAGCCACAAGAAAUCUCCUGAAAACUUCCCCAAUAAAGAUUUAUCAGACAACUACUGUAGAGAUCCUGAUAACUACGGUUACCCCUGGUGCUUCACCACGGAUCCCAGCAAGAAAAGAGAGAGAUGUAACAUAUCCGACUGUAGGGAACUGGCGGCUCUACAGGCUGAGGAGAUUCCUACAGAUUGUUUCAAGACAAAGCAGAAAAGUGGUACUAACACAUUUGACGUGCUCUAUGGAGGAACUGUAGCGGAGACAGCUAGAGGUAUCUCCUGUCAGAAGUGGAGUGAGCAGACACCUAACGAGCAUGAUAGAACCCCCGACCUCUUCCCUAAUACAGGUCUAGGGGACCACAACUAUUGCAGAGACCCGGACGGUACAGGCUACCCCUGGUGCUACACCACGGAACCUGGUGUUAGGUGGGAGGGGUGCUCCGUUCCUGACUGUGAUGAUCCCGACCGAAACAAGUGUACGGAUCUAGAGACGCUGGACAAGUACGAUUUAGGAGAACGCUGGACAAAAGAGGACCCCUGUACUUACUGCGAGUGCUUCUCUGACCGUCUUGUGGACUGUUUCACGAUUGAGUGUGAUAUUAUGGAGUGUCCUGCUGGAGUAACUUAUCUUCCCGAUCAGUGCUGUCCUGUUUGUGCUGAGCCGUGUAUGGACGUGAGGAACGGUUAUGUGUACAGUGUUAAUGACACCUGGACACCCAAUGCUUGCGAGAGCUGCACCUGCGUGGAAAUGGAUGGAGUUAAAAGAGAAAUGUGUGCAGUGACGGACUGUGCCCCGCUACCUGAAGGGUGUGAGCCUUCCUACACUGAGGGGACCUGCUGCCCGAGCUGCAGUGAAGAGUGCAGAGAUGAUGAAUCUCUGGAGUAUUACAAUGUGGGAGAUAAGUGGAACCCUAACCCUUGUACUAUGUGCGAGUGUCUGGAAGAGAACAGUCAGAAGCGAGAACUGUGUGCUCAAUACUACUGUGAACUGCCUACCCACUGUUACAAUGUUACCUACUCUGAGGACCAGUGCUGCCCCUUCUGCGGAGAGUCACCAUAUAACGAGUGUUUCGACAUGACAGCGAACAACACUAUUCUAUAUGACGGAGAAUUAGCCGUUACAAAGUCCGGGAACGAGUGUCAGUUCUGGACAUCUCAGCUCCCCAAUAUCCACACCCGGACUCCGGAAAACUUUCCUGACGCGUUGCUAGGAUUCCACAACUUCUGUAGAGAUCCCGACAAUUCAGGUUACCUGUGGUGUUAUGUUAAUAACGAGGAUACCAGAUGGGAAAAGUGUGAUGUGCCCUCUUGUAGACUACUAGUUAACUCCGAUAACUGGGUGAUGGAAGACGCGGUGAUGAAAUCAGCAGUUAUUUGUCAAGACACUAUCGGUAGAGUAGAGUGCGACAGUGAUAAGCGGAUAGUAGUGCUGGAAGCGAACUACGGCGCUACUGGGACCCAGGGUUGCUUCGAGUACUCCAACUCCAGCUUCUGUAACUCUACAGUUCAGACAUCAGAAUCAACAAAAGAGAAGUGUGAUGGUAAAAGUUACUGUGACUUAUCUGUCUCAGUUGACAACUACGAAUCUUCAUGUGACACCGAGGAGAAAUAUUUGAACAUUAGCUACUACUGUAAACCUGAUAUUCCAUGCUACAAGAAAGCAAACGGGUUCGCUCUCUACAACGGCUCUCGGUCAGAGACAAAGUCAGGGAGAGAGUGUAUGAGGUGGAACCAACAGAGACCACAUGGUCACGACUUUACUCCUGAUGUAUCAGAGUAUGCCGAGAGAGGAGUUGGAGAACACAACUACUGUAGAGACCCGGACAGGGAAGGGAAGCCCUGGUGCUAUACCAUGGAUCCGGAGAGGAGGUGGGAGUUUUGUGGUGUCCCAGAGUGUGAAGGGUUUACUGAAGAACGCCCCAUGGUAAUGGCAAGUAAAGCUUCAAACAUUAUCAGACUUAUAGGGGACGCUAAGAACAUUGACUGCCAGUAUGUUAAAGAUGGAGACGACAGAGUUACUUAUAUUGGUCAGACUAACGUAACAGCAAGUGGUAGAACCUGUCAGAGAUGGAGUGAGACCACACCACACUUCCACACUAAGAUGCCUGAAAGGUAUCCGGAUGCAGGUCUCGGAGAGCACAACUUCUGUAGGGACCCUGACGGUAACGGCAAACUCUGGUGCUACACUAUGGACCCUCAGAAACGGUUCGAGUACUGCGAGAUUCCCAAAUGUACAGAAGAGGAAGUGGAACAGAUGGGACUCUGUACAGAUGUAGACUGCGGAGUGGGGGGAGACUGCUACAUUAACAAAGAAGGAGAAACAUCUUGCUUGUGUAAAUCAGGCUUCGUAGGGAUUAAUAACACUUGUAUUGACAUCAAUGAGUGCAAACGCGACCAAUAUGUCUGCAAAGGUGAAGAAUCAAAGUGUGUGAACACACCAGGUUCCUACAAAUGCACGUGCCCGGGCGGGUUCUACUGGAAUAACGAGGAAUGUGUGGACUCCAGCGACAUUCCCCAGGACCCCGAGUGCAACAUUCCUGAGUUUAUAAAGAAGCCUCACAGCAGAUACGAUAUCUCUCUGGGGGAGGACGUUAUUAUAGAGUGUGAGGGGGACAGUGGGGACCUGGUCUACUGGACUAAGGGAUUAGACGGCCUCAUGAUGAAUGGUACCCGAAAGAAGAAAUCUUCGCCUCUGACCUUCAACGGCAUCAGAAAGAAAGACAUUGACGAAUACACUUGUGUGGUAGAAAACGAGUGUACUGGACUUACUAAAGUUGGGGAGGUGGACAUUCACGCAAAACUGGCACCCUGUGUCGAAAAAGGGCUUCAAAAGUACGGCAUGGUUUGGGACGCUAAAGACUUUGAUUCUGCCUACCAGUUCUGCAAUUCGUACGGUUUGGAUUUCGCAGUUCCACGCUCCAAGUCAGACAGCAGGACAUUCAUUCAGGACGCUUGGAGAUCGUACCACCUGAACCCUAAUGGCAAAAAGUUCCGAGACACCCCCUGGAUCUGGGUGGCGGCUAACGACAGGCUAGAGGAAAAUGAAUUCACUGACGUGGAAGGAAGGCCUCUAAUUGCUCCAAAGUGGUGGCCAAUGAACCCUGACAACUGGAAAGGCAUGGAUCCCAGAGGUCAAGAUGAAAUCGCUUUCCAUCUCUUUUCGGGUUAUUGGGAUGACAGUUACGGAUUUAUCCCAAGACCAUUUGCUUGCGAGUGCAACUUUGAAAAAGACGAUUCGGAGAAUGCUUAAGCAAAAUUUUUGUUCACGAAUGACGAAUUUUCAAGAAAGGCUAAAAGUAAAAACAGUUAAUUCUUCAUAGAUCUCGACAUCGUCUUUGAUCUUUUACGAUAAAGAAGGGAUAACUAUAAGUGACCAAAUGAUAAAUUUUAUGAACAUUGGUACGGUUUAUCAUUCUUGUUCAUCGUAGAAAAUUGUAUUUUACUUUUAGUGGUAAAUAGUCGUGGUUAAGAAAUAACUUUAGUAUAAAUAUAAUAGUUUUUGCGCAAGUCGCUGAGAGAUUUGUAGUAUGGUUUGGGGUAUUUAUUUUCUGCAAGUCUGUCACAUUACACAUUAAUUGAUAUCAAAUAUGUUGUAUGUUACGUAAUCAAACAUUCUCUCUGUAAAUAAAUGAAAAAUUCUGAUCUUUCCCAUAAAAUUCGAAAAUUUUACACCUCAUU